GCAGGUAUCUGUGUGGACAAUGCUUGUGGAAGGGAAAGGGUUAACUUUCCAGAAACUUAAAGUGAUGUUAUCACACUUGGCCUCACGAUCUGAUUUAUGAAAAUAAAAACAUGAGGCACGCACAUUCACCUUGUGCGGGGAGACACAGGUACACAGGGGAGCGUCACACCCACCCACGGCAGAGGAGCUCUGGUCCUCCUGGUUCUCCGCGCCCAGAUAAGCAGAUGAAUUUCGACUGGUAGAAUUCUGCUGCAAACAAAAUCAUUCGCAUAAUAAUUUAAAAGAGCGAAUUCGUCAGCCUCCUUAUGGAGUGUGUUCUCAAAAGAAAUUUGUCCAUAACGUAGAAGUACCAUAAAAGCGAUUAAGGAUCAUGGCAGCCGAGCGCAACCACAGUUUCCUGGAGCGAUGGCCGUACUCUCGGUCCGCGGCGCUCGGUCUCGGGAAGGAGACCCACGCGGCAUCUCUGAGGGACGCGCUCGGCCUCCCUUUCCACUUGGAGCCCACGUACCUGGACCCCGCGUACUGUCACGCUUACACAGGGCGCUUCUCCUACCUGCCCUUCCCCGCCGGGCACCUGGGCGUCUACGACUAUUCUUUCGAACCCACGUUCAUCCGUAAGAGAAACGAACGGGAGAGGCAGCGGGUUCGGUGCGUGAACGAGGGCUACGCCCGGCUGCGCGAACAUCUCCCGCAGGAGCUGGAGGACAAGCGGCUGAGCAAAGUGGAGACGCUGCGCGCGGCCAUCAGCUACAUCAAACACCUGCAGGGUCUGCUGGGGGCGCGCGCGGCCCUCGCGCGCGACGCCGGCGAGCCGCAGCAGCAGCAGUCGGACUGCAGCAGCGACGGCGAGUCCAAGCACAGCUCCGGCUUCAGCGACUGCGGGGAAGUGAGCUGACAAAGCCUCCGUGCAGCCUGCGGCUUUUCGCUGCAAAACGAAAAACAAGCCUCACUUUAAACCUGUGUGUUACCACAACAAGUUACUCACUGUGUAGGAUGCGCGAGGCUAUACUAUACUUUUUCAGUAAGUUUCAGCUGGAAGGAGGCGACGCGUUUGCUUUGCUGCCGAUGAUGAUGACGAUCAUGAUGAUCAUGUGUAUUCAGCAUCCAAAAAAUUACCCCGAUUCAGUAACUUUUAGGUAAAACAACCAUAAACAAAGGUAGAAAAGCUAGUUAUGUACAUGCGAAGGAAGGGUAAGAAUAUGAAAUGUA